CGACUUACUCACAGCACAGGCGCGAAACGAAAGUGAAGUGUGACUGCUCUCUGUGAACCGUCAGUGGGAUUGACGGGAAGAGAAAUGGAGCUGCCGCAGAAGAGAAAACGAAUAAGUCACGAAUUAACCAACUCACAGCCCUCCAACCGCGAAGCGACACCAUCCACCAGCACAAAUGGCCAAGCAGGUGGUUUUGUGGAGGGCUCUAUCCUCCGCAUCACCAUGCAUAACUUCCUCACGUACGAUCACUCAGAAGUUUUCCCCGGACCCAAACUCAACAUGAUCGUGGGAGCCAAUGGCACAGGGAAGUCCAGUAUCGUGUGCGCCAUCUGCCUUGGCCUGGCUGGAAAAACAGCCGUCCUGGGCCGAGGAGACAAGGUUGGUCUGUAUGUGAAGCGAGGGUGUAAUAAAGGUUCAGUUGAAAUUGAGUUAUACAGAGUGAGUGGAAACUUGAUAAUCACCAGAGAGAUCCAGGUGGAGAACAACCAGUCGUCAUGGAUGCUCAAUAAAAAACACGCCAGUCAGAAGGCUGUGGAGGAGGCUGUGAAACAGCUGCACAUUCAGGUCGGGAACUUGUGUCAGUUCCUACCACAGGAGAAAGUCGGUGAGUUUGCUAAGAUGACUAACGUCGAGCUUCUUGAAGCCACUGAGAAGUCUGUCGGCCCACCAGAAAUGUACGAGUUUCACUGUGAGCUCAAGACGUUUCGCAGCAAGGAGAGGGAACUGGAGAAUGUGUGUAAGGAGAAAGCCAACUUCCUAGAGAAGGCCAAACAGAGGAAUGAGAGGAACAAACUGGAUGUGGAACGCUACUACAUGAAGAAGAGACACUUGGACAGGAUCCAGAUGCUAGAGAAGAAGAAACCCUGGGUGGAGUAUGAAACAGCACGUAAAGAGAUGGAGGGGGUGAAGAAGGAAAGAGAGGAAAUGAAAAGGAAGCUGAAGUCACUGAAAGAAGCUCAGGAGCCGCUGCUCAGAAAGAUCCGCUCAGUGGAGAGUCAGCUGCAGCCCAUUGAGCAGCAGAUGAAGGAGAUGACCGCCAGUAUCAGAGAGGCGUCGCAGAAAUGUAAACAGAAACAUGAUCAGCUUGAACUGCGGAAUAAAGAGGUUGAUGACAUUAGACAGGACUUGAGUCUGAAGCAGACGGAGGAGGCAGACCGGCAGAAGCGGAUUGGACACACAAAACUCAUGAUCAGAGACCUGCAAAGGGAACUGCAGAACAUGGACAGCAUGGAGGAUGUCACACCUCAGAUUGAGGCUGUUAACGCAGAGCUGAAGAACAUCCAGGAAGAAAAAGCCAAAUUGGAGAGCGAGAGUUUGGACCUGCGCAGAGAUAAAGACGAAGCUAAUGGAGAAUUUAGACGUUUGCAGAAUCGUCUGAGGAGUCUGCAGGACAUGAUGAAGGUAAAAGAGGAUAAACUGCGCAGUCGUUUCAAUGACACCUACAAGGCCGUCAUGUGGCUGAGGAAUAACCGUGACCGUUUUGAAGGCAAUGUCCACGAGCCCAUGAUGCUGGUGAUAAAUGUCCGUGAUGCUCGGCACGCAAAAUACAUUGAGAGUCACAUUCCUCUAAACGACUUAAGAGCCUUCGUAUUUCAGAGACAGGAGGACAUGGAGAGGUUCAUGGCAGAGGUGCGAGACUCACAGAGGCUACGAGUCAACAGCGUCAUUGCUCCAGCGGAGUCCUGCUCUAAUAGACCACCGUCACGAUCCCUCGAGACUCUAAAGCGUUACGGCUUCUUCUCGUACUUGCGUGAGCUGUUUGAUGCUCCUGAGGAGGUCAUGAGUUACUUGUGCUAUCAGUACAAAGUCAAUGAUGUACCUAUAGGAACAGAGAAGACCAAGAGCAUGAUCGAGAUGGUGAUCAAAGAGGUUCAGUUAAGGAUGAUCUACACAGCGGAGGAGAAAUACACCGUGAAGAAGUCCCACUACUCUAAUAACGUGGUCUCCAGUAACUCGGCCCUGCGGCCCUCACAGUUCCUCACUACGACCAUAGAUGCAGAUGAGAGGCGCCACUUGGAGGAGCAAAUAAGAGCAGCAGAGAGGCAGGUGCAGAGGAUUGACGAACGGAUGGCGGCCAUUCGUGAGCAACAAACUAGACUAGACCGGCGUGAUAAUGAACUACGUGCUAAGAAGAAGAAUCUGUCUGAGCUGAAAGGCAAGAAGAGACAACUGGAGCAGAAAAUCAGUACAAAACAGGACAGUUUGAGGCAGAUGGAGCAGAAUGAGAUCAACUUGCAGGCAAUUGAAGAGGAAACGAACGCCAAGAUCGCUGCUGUAAACAACAAGAAAGUGGCCAUAAUGGAGGAGUAUUUGAGACACAUGCAGUCGAAGGCCAGGUUGAAUAUGGAGAAGGUGUACUUGGCUCUCCAGAGCGCAGGUCUCUCCGCUGAGAAAACCAAACUGGAGACGGACUGCAGAGACAGUUCAUCUGAACUCAAGCGAGCAGAGGUGGCAUAUACCAAGCUGGACCAGAUCAAGAACAAUCUGCUGGCCACAUGUAAGACCCUGAUGAAGAGGGCCAGUGAGAUCUGUAACAUGAUCCCUGGAGAGACGGCAGUCCCGGAGGAACUACAUGCAGCCUUCAGUCAGUUACCUGAUACACUGGAUGAGAUUGAUGCCAUGUUGAAUGAGGAGAAGACCAGAGCGGAGUGCUUCACCGGCCUCAGUGAUGCUGUGGUGGAGGAUUAUAACAGACGCGAGAAGGAGAUUCAGAACAUGGAAAAGGAGCUGGACGACAAGACCAACGCUCUGACGACUUACCGACAAAACAUCGCUGAGGCGAAAGAGCGCUGGCUGAAUCCUCUGAAGCAGCUGGUGGAUCAGAUAAAUGAGCGCUUCAGUGAUUUCUUUCGUUCGAUGCAGUGCGCUGGAGAGGUGGAUCUGCACUCUGAGAAUGAGGAGGAGUAUGAUAAGUAUGGCAUCCGCAUCCGAGUGAAGUUUCGCAGCAACACGCAGCUGCAUGAGCUCACGCCUCACCAUCAGAGCGGAGGAGAGCGCAGCGUGUCCACCAUGCUGUACCUCAUGGCCCUGCAGGAGCUCAACCGCUGCCCCUUCAGAGUGGUGGAUGAGAUCAACCAGGGGAUGGACCCUGUCAAUGAAAGACGAGUGUUUGACAUUGUUGUGAGAAGCGCUUGCGGUGUGAACACGUCUCAGUAUUUCUUCAUCACACCUAAGCUGCUACAGAACCUGCAGUACGCGGAGCAGAUGACCAUCCUUUGUGUUCAUAACGGACCCCACAUGCUGCCGCCAAACAAAUGGAAUGAAAAAGCCUUCCUCAGACGCGCCAAACGCAGACACGUUCCCUGAAGUUCAACUAAACAUUAAAUGUUGACCAUGUUCAGUGUAGCUCAAGUUCUUGUUGGAUUAUCUGUUCAUAUGCUGUUCAUGAAUGCCUUAAUGUGCAAACAUGUAAAAAAAUGUUUCGAGUUCUGAUGAAAAGAUUUUGUAAUUUAAUAAAUGCAACUGCUGUUUUCUUAACCA